AUGAAUAUUUUCACAAUGAUUUUGAAAAUUUUCCUCCAAUUUUUCGUGUUUGUGGUCUACAUGGUAUUUUUGUUCAGAUACAUCAGAAUUGCCAAGGCGGGCAGCAAAUACGUAAAGGACAUAACUACUGCUGGAUGUGUACCUGAUAGCAAAAACAAUGGAAAGAUAGUACACAUUGUAACUGAUAAAUAUAAAAUAUAA